UUUUACCUAAAUCACAAUUAGGACAAUUAGUUAAUGAGAAAAGUACAGAUAAACAGACCAAGUGAUUUAUAAUUAUAAAGGUAAACUUGUGACAAUUGAAUAUGAUGAUGUACAAGAAAUUAGAAUGACAAAGUUGUGUCAGUGGAAAUGUGAUCAAGUUCUGAUCAUGUAAUUCAAUUAGGAAAAUAAAUUCAGUUCAAUUUAUCGAAAGAAUUUUUUUCUUCAUCUUCUCUUUCUUUUCUUUCCUGGUAACCACCCACUUCUCUUACUUUACUCUCUCACUGAUUUCAUAAAAAUAAACUCUCUCUCUCUCUCUCUCACUCACUCCAUCAUUAUCUUCAUCAUCAUCAUCAUCGACUUUCACUCACUCAACUCACUUCUCCCACUUUUUUUUGCCUCCUUUUGGUUACCCGUUAAAUCAUCAUCUUGAUCAUUUAAAAAUCAACAACAACAACAAUCAAAUCAACAAUCAACAAAUUGUGAUAAUUAUCAACCAUCAUUAUCAUGAAAAAGUGUCAACUUGAAACAUUUCCUACAAAACUGAUAAGUUGAUUGUUGUAAUUUCUCACAAUUUAGAUUAUAAUCAAAAGCAACAAUCAAUUGUUUUCUCGUUUAAUUUUGUUUCAUUUAAUCCCUCAGGUAUUAAUCUAAAUCUUGUGUAGUAAUAAAUUUUUAAUCCUUAAUCACAAUCAGUCAUCAUCAUCAUCAACAACUAAUCAUUUGCACGUUAAUCUUUGAUUACCUUGAAAGUGAUUUGUGUUCAUCAUCAUACAAAUACAAAUAUAAAUUUAAUCAACUUUGAUAUUGUAACAGAUUAAAUUGAUUUGAAUUGAGCAAUUUAUUUUUAGAACUCAACAACAAUCAUCAUCACCAUCAAUUCUUAAACAUUGUGAUCAGUAAAUCACCACCAAGCAAUUUAUACACAACAACAACAACAAACAACAAUCAAACUGCAACAAGAAAACUUGAGAAUCGAUGACAAUUUAAUUCUUAUAAUUAAAACAAUCAAACCUCUAAUCAGUUAAUGAUGAAUGAAAGUAGUCGGGAAAAACUGGACAUGGACUUGGGUGAGUUUUGUGUUAAUAAUCGUGGUCAUCACAAUUUAACCAAUAAGAUGAAAAAUCAAUCAUCUGAUCAACCACAACACCAACAACAACAACAACAACAACAAUCACUUACAUCCAACACCUUAGGGUCAUCUCAUGGUGGUUACAAUGAAUCAACUUUAAUCUUUGACCAAACCAAGGGAAUUUUCCUCCCUCGUUGGACAAUUAUCUUAAUUGCUUCGUUAAUUGUAUCCGGUCUUGUGAUAUUUACACUUCUACUAUUUCAUCUAUUACCCAUUUGUACCAAUCAAUUAAAUCCAAUUCAGAGUACAUUAUCAUCUUCAUCUUCAUCAUCCCAAUCAACAACAUCUCCAUCAUCAUCUUCAUCCCAAUCGACAACCUUAAUCUCAUCACCAACGACAAUUAAUCACGUUAAUCAACUUAAUCAAAGCCACGCUGCUCGUUUACCAAUUAGUAUUGUGCCAUCUUCAUAUGACAUUAAAUUACAACCUUUCAUCAUAAUUAAUAAUUUCACCUUUAAUGGUGAUGUGAAAAUAAUUCUGGAUGUAAGACAAUCAACUAAUAGGAUAACACUUCAUGCCAAUGAUUUAACAAUUUACAAUGAAAGUAUCAAAGUUGAAAGGUUAACAUUUAAUACAAUGGAAACAAGCAAAUUAACUGAUAACAAUAAGCAACAAUCAACUAAUCGUAACAAUCAAAUUUCUGGUGGUAACUCUGGUGAUAUUGAUGAUGGUUUAUCAUCCUUCUUGGUUCCUAAAUCACGGACAAUUAGGUCAAUUGUUAAUUCAACCAAAUCAAUUAUUCCAAUUGUAUCAACUUCAAUUGAAAAGGAAAACGAUUUCUUCAUCAUUAAUUUGUCAACUGAUUUAAUUGCUGGUAAUAGUUAUUCAAUUACAAUGAGAUUCCUUGGCAAUUUAAAUAAGGAUUUAGCUGGAUUUUACCGUAGCUCAUAUAAUGACACAAUCACCAAUCAAAAAAGGUGGAUCGCAACGACACAAUUUGAGCCCACUGAUGCCCGGCGGGCAUUUCCCUGUUUCGAUGAGCCAGCACUCAAAUCGAUAUUCAAUAUAACCCUAGUUCAUUUGACCAACAUGACCGCUUUGUCCAAUAUGCCAGUGGUCAAGACGAUUGAAAGAGGUGAGUGGACAGAGACUCAAUUUGCACCAACGGUCAACAUGUCGACCUAUUUGCUAGCAUUUGUCGUCGGUAAUAUUGAGAAUGAUACAGUUAAGGAAGGUGACCGUUACUUUGGAGUUUGGGGUCGGCCAGGUACAAGGGAAUCGCGUAAAUUUGCACUGACCAUUGGACCUAAAAUAUUGCAACAUUAUGAAAAGUUUUUCGGUAUCAAUUAUCCAUUACCAAAGACAGAUAUGAUCGCUGUUCCCGAUUUUAACGCUGGUGCCAUGGAAAAUUGGGGAAUUAUCAUUUAUCGAGAGACGACAAUGUUAUUUGACGAAACAAGUGCCUCUAUUUUUACCAAAAAACGAGUUGCCGAUGUUGUUGCCCACGAAUUGGCCCAUCAAUGGUUCGGUAAUCUGGUUACACCCAAAUGGUGGGAUGAUCUUUGGCUUAAUGAAGGAUUUGCCACUUACAUGGAGUACGAAGGUGUCAAUAGUGUUCACCCUGAAUGGCGAACGCACGAUGCUUUCGUUAUUGAAGGAAUUCAGGUUGUCUUCGAACUCGAUUGUCUAACGACUUCUCAUCCGAUCUCCGUUAAAGUUAACGAUCCCGAUGAAAUUAAUGAAAUUUUCGAUAGAAUCUCAUAUGAGAAGGGAGCAUCGUUGAUCAGAAUGAUGAGAUACACGUUGGGAGACAAAGUUUUCAGAGAAGGAGUUUCGUCGUACUUGAAGGCUUUGGCUUACAAAAAUGCUGAACAAGAUGACCUUUGGCAUUACUUGACCAUCGCACAAAAUCAAUCAUCAAGUAAAGUGAUUCCUGUUAAAAAAGUAAUGGACUCAUGGGCUCUUCAAGUUGGUUUUCCAUUGGUCACUUUGACUCGAACCUAUGGUCCGAAAAGCCAAAAAUCGGCUAAAUUAACACAGAAUCGAUUCUUGCUCUCAUUGAACAAUUCAAUUGAAUCAAAGGAACGUUGGGAAAUCCCAAUCUCAUUAACAACGCAAUCAAAUCGUAGUUGGGAUCCAUUACCUCAAUUCUGGAUUCAUCAAGAUGAAGGUCAAAAAUCAAUGGACGUUGCAUUUUUACCCAAAGACGAUGAAUGGAUUAUCCUUAAUCUUCAAGAGGUUGGAUAUUAUAAAGUUAAUUAUGAUGAACGAAAUUGGAAAAUGUUAAUCGACCAAUUGAAACGAGAUCAUUCACAAAUUCAUGUUCUCAAUCGAGCUCAAAUUAUCGAUGAUCUAUUUGAUCUUGCUCGUGCUAAUGUUGUCAACUAUUCAUUAGCAUUAAAUGUCACUAAUUAUCUAAUUGAUGAAGAAGAUUUUAUCCCAUGGGGAUCGGCUACUGGUGAAUUAAAGUUCUUAGACUCAAUGUUAAGACGGACCAACAUUUAUGGUCGUUGGAAGAAUUACGUUCUAAGCUUAAUUGUCAACAAGUAUAAUCGUUAUGGUUGGCGGGAACCUAAUAAUCCAAAUGAUAUCGCCAGUCAAGUUAUGCAGUCGCGAGUAAUUAACUGGGCUUGUUACUAUCAGCAUAUGCCUUGUAUCCGAGAGGCUCAGCGGCAAUUUGAAUCAUGGAAAUCAGCGGUGGCCGAUAAUAUGACCAACCCAAUCCAUCCAAAUUUACGAGGUGAAGUUGUUUGUGUAGCAAUUCAAUGGGGAACUGAAAAGGAUUGGCAAUGGGUUUGGGAUCAAUUUCAAAGUUCAUCGUUGGCCUCAGAGAAAGAGUAUCUCAUGAGGGGGUUAGGAUGUUCCAGAGAACCAUGGAUUCUCAAUCGUUACCUGGAAAUGUCUCUCGAUGAUUCAAGUGGAAUUCGUAAGCAAGAUGGUUCAACCGUUUUCCGGACAAUCGCCAAUUCUGAGUAUGGACGAGAUAUCGCUGUCAACUAUUUCCGUAAUAAAUGGGACAAAAUUGUCGCCUAUUAUGGUAAAUCUUAUUUUGCAUUUGGAAAUUUAAUUCGAGCAGUUUCAAGUUCAAUUACUAUUCAAUACGAAUUGAAUCAGUUUAAAUCAUUUUAUGAUAAAGUUCGGGACGAUUUAGGAUCAGCACAAAGGUCAUUUAAACAGGCGAUUGAAAAAGCCGAAGCCAAUGUUAACUGGAUGAAUCUUAAUUACAGGGAAAUUGAAGAUUGGCUUAAUCAACAGAAAACUAAUUAACCAUAAUCAUCACUUUCUUUUUUUUUAAUUAUUAUUACUACAAUCAACAAAUUAUCAUUCGUUCAUUCAAAUCAAAUUGACUUAUUGAAUAUCUUUCAAUCAAGACUCAAUUUAAAACAGAGUAAAAGUCACAAACAGCUAAUUGUAAAUACGAUCAAUUAAAUCACUUAAUUUGACAAUUUAAUCAAAGAGGAUGAAGAAAAAAAAAAUGUAAACAAGAAAAAACGAAUCAAUUACAAACUCAAUUGAAAAUAGAAAACGUUAAUUAACUAAUCACAAUUGACAAAUUAUCUUAAUUUCUUUCUGCUAAAUUGUAGUAACCAAAUUAAAACUAUUUGUAUUGA